AUGUGGGGGGUGGAAAUGCACGAUAAAGAAACAUUUCCUACGGACCAGUCAUCAGCUGUCAAGACGGUUCUGAGCCACGAGUCAGACAGAUUCAAGGAUUCUGCGCCAAUCACCGUGUUCCAGAACCUGUCUCGUAGGACUCUCGUGGACUCUUGUCGAGUUGACCAACCCAAUGGACUCGGUGGUGGAGCAAAAACCCUUUCAGAGAGAACAAUCAACUCCACAUUGAUUGUUGUUGUCUCCGUACUCCGACCUCCCGAGUCCCAACCUCCCAUCCCGUCCGCCCCCGAGACAGACUUCUCCCCGGAGCCUAGAGAGUCAAAAAGCAAAACACAAAAGCACAAGAAUGAAAAUGGCGGACACAACAUCCUCCAGCUCCCACCCCACCCCCGGAGACCCAACAUCUCCUGGCCGCUCGAGCGCAACGCUCACAGCACCUCAUCCGAAUGGCAUCCAUCCUUCCCCAACCAGCGCCGAACCAGCAACGCCUCCGACUCCGACACAAGCUCCGCCUCGGCCGCGCCCGCCCUGGACCGAUCCAACCUCCCCGACGGUGACAAAUCGCUGUCUGGCAUCUCUCUGCGCGCCUUCGUGCUCGGAAUCACCCUCGGCGGCACCGCCGUCGUCACAAUCCUCCUCAGCACGCUAUACCCGACCCCCUUCUGGCGCGUCCCGUUCUUCCUCGCCGCCCUGAGUCUCUUCCACUUCCUCGAGUACUACGUCACGGCACGGUACAACACCCGCUAUGCCUCGGUCUCUGCGUUCCUGCUCACCUCCAACGGAUGGGCGUAUAACGUGGCGCACGGAUCGGCCGUGGUCGAGUGCAUCAUAGCGCACUACUUCUGGCCGCAGCCCAGCCGUGUGGCGCGGGCGCUGACAUUUACGGAACCGAUGGCGGGGAUCUCUGUGUCGCUGUUACUCGUGGCGGGACUCGCGCUGGUCGCGGGGUCUCAGCAUCAGGAGGGCCAUGUGUUGGUGAAAUCGGGGCUGUACGGGUAUCUGCGACACCCGAGUUACUUUGGUUUCUUUUGGUGGGGACUGGGGACGCAAUUGGUCUUGGGCAAUGUGGUCUGUUUUGCGGGCUAUACCCUGGUGCUGUGGAAGUUUUUCUCGUCUCGGAUCAAGCGGGAGGAAAGCUUCUUGAUUCAAUUCUUCGGCACAGAGUAUCUUCAGUAUCGACAGGAUACCCCGGUGGGUAUUCCAUUCAUUCGCUAA